ACUUGACAUGACUUGACUUGCCUUGGACGUUGAGGUAUACUUAGCAGCUUGGUACUCUACACUACUUAAACUAUUAUCCACUAAGGUAGUUCAUCAUGCCCCCGCCAGGAGAUGAGGAGGAUGCCCGCCCAAAGAACACAUAUAGACCCUUGGGCAUUCCUCUUCAUGCCUUUCCAGUCAAUGUUGCCGAGCAUCACGGCAAAUCCGUCUUCUGCGUUCCCCCCUUGUUCGGUCCACUGCUCUUUGACAACACAGACAGCGAUGCAAGAGAUCACUGUGCAAACGAACGAACGUUCCUCUCCUACCUCCGCCUCAGCAUCUACAUGACCAUCGUCAGCAUCGCGAUCGUAAUCUCUUUCCAUUUAAAAUCCCAACCCUCCCGGCUGGAAUUGCGAAUGGCUCGUCCCCUCGGCGUAGUAUUCUGGCUGUUAAGCCUUGCUUGUCUCGCGCUGGGAUUUGGGAAUUAUAUUAAGACCGUUAAUAAGUAUAGCCGGAGGGCCGCUAUAGUGCAGACUGGCUGGAAGACGCAAUCGGUCUUAUCAAUCAUUGCUCUUUUCAUCAUUGCCGUUUGUGUGCUCUUUCUGGCCACAAAUUCGAAGAGAUAUUGAGGGAUAUACCUUGGACUAACAAGAAUGAGAACACGAGAUACUGGACGUCGUACGAAUCGCCAAAAGGAGUGGUUCUUCCAACCCCAGCAAACCCCCUUCCACUCCAAAUGAAUACCAAAAAUAAUUCCAAUGAAUAAAAUGGACCCGCGGGGGAGGGGUUCGGUGUUAGGGCCAUGGAGGGUUGAAUACACACCUCAUAAAUCGACUCCUAGGGCUACCUAUUCCACCGAAGCGUGACCCCCCUUUUCCACAUCCUGACGGACUACUUCUUCACCGCGCAAUUCGCUAAUUGAUCAAACUUUUACUUUUUCGAU